AUGUCGGUUAAAAUUGGCAUCGGAGUUGCAGCUCUGGUGCUUUUGAGUAGCAUUCCAUCGUGGCUUACCAUUCUUCGACGUCGAGAUACUGUGAAAUCAGCGGUCCAGCCCGGAUACCGAGAUGAAGAUGGUGAAGCCGAAGAUGAAUCUCCAACGGCUGCUGCUCACAGGUGGCAGUGUGCCGCAAUUCUUGGGUUCUCCUUCAUUGGCUUGGGCACGGCCCUGGGGGACGCCAUGUUAGCCUUAAUACGGAGAGAGUCUGGUUUGAUUCCGCUUUGGCUCUAUGUUGGAGACUGGAUUGUGUCAUGCAUUCAAGCGGUUGCAUUAUUUGUUGAGUCUUCCCCUGUUCGGCGAUUCACCUUGAGCAAUUAUGCGUUUGGAACGAGCGCUAUUCUUGUUGCGCUUCUCGUGACGCCUUCCGAACCACGAUUGUCUUGGUCUCGGCAAUUUGAUGCCAUCGCGAUCGUCCGUUUGACAACACUUGUUGCGACUAUUGCUCGAGGAUUCUGCUGCAUGCUGCUUCCUCGUCGCUCUAAUGUAUACUGGAAUGGCAAACUGGUUGAUCGGGAGCAUACCGUGAGUCUGCUUAACCGGUUGACCUUCCACUACAUCACUCCGACCGUGGAACUUGCGGCUCAGAAGCAGGGCUGCAUGAAGAUCGAUUGUCUACCCGAGCUCCCCUUUAGCUCACGUUCAGAAUCUUUAUUCAAUAAUAUCAGUAAGGCACUGCGAGAUCGCCCGCUAUGGCGAACAAUAGUGGCUGUUCAUCAAUCAGCAUUUCUCCUCCAGGCAGCCAUGACCCUGAUGUCUUCUGUACUUAGCUUUGGUCCUCAAAUAACCUUGUACGGAAUUCUCAAAUGCCUUGAGGACGGAUCCACCCGUAGCGUGGGUUUUCUGGUGGUAACAAUGGGUGUUACCAUAUGCCUUUCAUCUACCGUGACAGCGUGGUUGUGGUGGAUAAGCUAUUCCAAACUGAAUAUUCCCAUUUAUUCACAGUUAUUGGCAUUGAUUUAUGCCAAAACGAUUCGGCGUAUGGAUUUCAAAGUGGCCUCUAGUGAUGAGUGUGGUUCCGAAGAGCAGGGCGAGCAAGACACGAUAAAUUUAGCCACGGUUGACACCAUGCGAAUCUCCGAGUUCGCAACACAAAACCAUAUGAUCCUCAAUUCUCUUUCCAAUCUUUUGGUCGCCGCAAUUCUCCUCAUUGGCCUGCUUGGGUGGCGGAGCGUGCUUGCUGGAUUUACGGCGACGUUUCUCGUAUUGCCAUUGAGUACCUAUUUCUCAAAUCGUUAUAUCGAGAUCCAACAGAUUUUGAUGCAAGCCAAGGAUAGGCGAGCUGCAGUCGUCACGGAAGUAGUACAGAAUAUCCGUCAGAUCAAAUUCUCGGCCAUUGAAAAGGAAUGGUAUCAUCGAGUCAUUGGAGUUCGGCAGGGAGAGCUCAAGGCUUUGAUCCGAAAUAUCACAUGUAUGACUGGUGUCGUGGCAGUCUGGACUCUGAGCCCUCUACUGCUCUCAGCAGUCUCAUUGUCCGUUUAUUCCCUGACUCAAGGCCCAUUGACCGCCUCUGUCGCUUUUACAGCUCUCUCCAUUUUUGGACCCCUUGAAGAUUCUCUAAUGGGGAUCCCCUAUCUUGUAUCUCGUGCAGUCGAGGCUAAUACUAGCUGUGAGCGAAUUGUAAAUUAUCUGCAGGAAUCUGAGAUAAAACCAUCCAGAGGGGCAGGAGAUGAAAUCAUCUUUGAAAAUGCAGACAUUACUUGGCCGGCUCAGGUGGACAAAGAUGAAAAGGAACGGUUUCAUCUGACUCGUCUAAGCCUUCACUUCCCUUCGAAGGCACUGAGCGUUAUUUGCGGCAAAACUGGAUCUGGAAAGGGCUUGCUCCUGUCCGCCAUUCUGAGUGAAUGUGAUAUUCUGUCCGGAGCUGUACAUGUUCCAUUCUUUGAUGGAGAGCGAUACGACAAUCGAGCCACCAGGGAAAACUGGAUCAUUGAUUCCGCCGUCGCAUAUGUGGCCCAGAACCCGUGGACUGAAAAUGCGACGAUCAAAGACAACAUUAUCUUCGGUCUCCCAUUUGACCAAGCAAGGUAUCAGGAGGUUCUACAUGCUUCUGCGCUUGAAACGGACCUUCAGACCCUCCCUCAUGGGGACCUGACAAACAUCGGCGCUAAUGGGGUCAACAUUAGUGGUGGUCAACGAUGGCGAGUUUCCUUUGCUCGCGCACUGUAUUCUAGAGCAGGGGUGUUGGUGUUUGAUGACAUUUUCAGUGCUCUAGACGCUGAUACUGGUCGCCAUGUGUAUGAAUACGGAUUGACUGGUUCAUUAAGUGAAAAUCGCACACGAGUUUUAGCAACGCAUCAUUUCGGGUUGUGCUCGCCCAGUAUUGACUACUGUGUCCUUCUGGAAAACGGUACAACAUCAUUUGCCGGGACCAUGGACCAGUUAAUGAAAACUGAUCGUGUAGCUGCUGAUCUUCUCGGGUGGUCGUCCGGAUCCUCAGAUAAUAACAGUCAGGACGGAUCUAUAAGGAAACGCGAAAAGCGCUCGCCUUGGACGGCUGGUACAGGUGUUGCCAUAACUCAAAGCUCGAAUUCUACCAUUCCACCACAGUUUAACCCGGAUGAAAAAAGAGAAAAAGGCGCAGUGGCAUUUUCAGUAUACAGGGUCUUCCUGGCUAGCGGGGGAAACCAACAUCUUUGGGCUCUGGCAUUGCUGACCUCGUGCAUUUCGACAUUUCUUCUCUUCAGUCGGUCGUGGUGGGUUACUGUCUGGACUAGUUUGUCUAAAGAGCAACCCUGGAUUCACAUCAUCCAUUCUACACGGAGCCUCGCCAUGAACCUGGUGGGCAACCAAUUCCAGAUCCCUCAAAUCCAACCAACUGGUAUAGAAGAUGGUCUCUAUCUCUACAUUGGACUCUAUGUCGCUAUCUCACUCACCGCGUCGGCUCUUGAAGUCGCACAAUUUUUCUUCCUCAAUUAUGCAGCUAUGAAAUCCUCGAAAGUCUUGUUUCAGAACAUUUUAUCAGCCGUUCUGGCAGCACCUCUACGUUGGCUGGAUACCACCCCUUCAGGUCGGAUCAUCAAUCGUUUCACUGCCGAUAUCUACCAGCUAGACUGCGUCCUCGGCCCACAGUUGGCCACGUUCAUGAAAUUCGUGUUCCAGCUCCUGGGCAUCCUCAUUGCUGGUGUUUUGGUAUCGCCUGUCAUCUUGAUCCCAGCUACAGUUCUCCUUGGAGCAUCUUGGAAAGUAUCAUCGACCUACCUUGCUGCCGCACGGGAAAUGAAGCGACUGGAAAGUGUUUCUCGAAGCCCAAUCAUCGAGCACUUCAAUUCUACUCUUCUUGGGCUAGGAACAAUCCGUGCUUAUGGUAAAGCGCAAAAUUAUCAGGAAUCUGUGCAAAAGUGCAUAGAUACUCAUUCAAACGCUUCACGGCACCUGUGGCUGUUUAACUGGUGGGCUCAGAUCAGAAUUGGAGCACUAGGUGCAAUUUUCGCCGUGAUAGUCACGGUGGUGAUCGCAAAAAUCCGCAUAUCCGCCUCUCUAGCAGGCUUUGUCAUCAGCUUCAUUCUACAAUACAACAUCGCCGUGUCAACGUCUCUUCGACUAUACUCCAGUGUGGAAAUGGCCAUGAAUGGCGCUGAGAGAGUCAUUGAAUAUACCAAAAUCGAAACGGAAACCCAGGAUGGUAUUGAUCCUCCGGCGGCGUGGCCAAUUCAAGGAAAAGUUGAGGUCCAUGACCUGGUCGUUGGAUACGCUCCAGAGCUACCACCUGUGUUGAAUGGGUUGACCUUUCACAUUGAAAACAAUCAACGUGUGGGAGUGGUUGGUCGGACUGGAGCAGGCAAAUCAUCUCUCACACUGGCGUUGUUCCGAUUCCUGGAGUAUCGAAAAGGAAAGGUCGUCAUUGAUGGGCUGGACAUAAGCAAUAUAAAAUUGAGUGCUCUUCGAAGUCGACUGGCGAUUGUUCCCCAGCAUCCGGUCCUGUUUUCGGGGACUAUACGGUCCAACCUCGAUCCAUUUGACAAAUAUUCAGAUACCGAACUGAAUGCCGCGUUAGAAAGAGUACAACUGAUUCAUCCAGAAGAUUCAAAUAAAGAAGAAAAUUCUCAAUUUUCACUAUCAACCCCCGUCUCUCAAGGCGGAUUGAGUUUCUCUCAAGGCCAAAGACAACUCCUCUGUCUCGCUCGAUCAAUUCUUCAACAGCCUAAAAUUAUGAUUCUCGAUGAGGCUACCUCCGCCGUGGACAAGGAGACUGACAACCUCAUUCAGCAAGCGAUCCGGACCGAGUUUGGCCGCAAUUCCAGUUCGCUGUUAGUUAUCGCGCAUCGUCUCAGCACAGUCGCUGACUUUGAUCGCAUUCUGGUUAUGGAUCAAGGGCAGAUGGUGGAGUUCGGCACGCCGCAGGAACUGCUCAGUAUUCAAAAUGGUGUUUUCAAGGAUCUUGUGGAACAAUGCGGUGAAAAGGCUUAUGUGGAACAGAUUAUAUACGGGAAGAAUUAG